AUGGAAUUAACUGCUUUUCGACACCAAGUAGGCGGACAUUUUGGAAUUCUAUUAUGCAAUGGCCACGUGGCGAAACCGUUCAAUUUGCGUGAAAUGGCUUUUUAUAAAAUGAUGAAUACGCAAUUGAAGUAUUUUGCGCCGGCAUUUUGUCGUGAGUUUUUUUCGGGGAGAAAUCUGAGACUGCGAAUUAUUCAGGGAUUUCCUAAGCGGAUUUUUCUUUCAGAAGAAGUGAACGUGCGCGCCUCAAUCGAUCAAACAACCGGACAAAUUAUGCUAGAAACCACGGAAAACGCAGAAUGUCAUAGUCGUCGAAAAACCAGCAGCAAACACGAAAAUUCACGAACUCGCUUCAAACAAUCACCAGAAACUGGUCGAAUUUCAGUAGACACCGAAAAACAAUGGAAUUCUUGGGCAGCUGAAUGUCAGUGUAAAAUGGUGGAAAGAAUGUUGGCGGAAAACGAAUCGAUGCCAUUCAUUUUGCUUGAAAAUGUUGUUGCACACUUUACGCGACCUUGUGUGCUGGAUUUGAAAGUUGGAACAAGACAACAUGGAGAUGAUGCAAGUGAAUCGAAGAGACAUCGACAAUUGAUGAAAUGUAGACAGAGCACAUCGGCUAGUUUAGGUGUAAGAAUGGUUGGAAUGCAAUUGUAUGAAGCGGAGACAAAGGUGAGAUUUUAGAGAGGGAAAAUUUGGUGGUCGAGAUGGAAAUGUAGGCAUUAAAUUUUCUAGGAAACCAGAUAACUUCUAAUUUUUCUUCCUCAAAUAAUUAUUUUUUCGAAUCAAAGAAUGGAUCACACCCCUUUUUAAUGAAAUCUGUAGUUUACUACUCAGAGAAAUGGCCUGGGGAACCGGCGGAAAACUUUCGGAGAUCCAGCCUACGGCUGGCGGUUCGCCGAGAGUUCUCCGCCGGUUAUCCGAAAGUUUUCCAUAGUUUCUCCGACAGUUCUCCGUUGGUUCUCCGCUAGGUGCUUUUUUGCAUUUUUCGCUCUCCAAACUAGAAAAUUUUCUCCGCCAGUUGUCCGCUGGUUUUCCAUUCUCUGCUUCGAGAACAUUCUUUCGCAAGGGAGAAACACUGUAGAUCAUUCGGAGAACUGUCGGCGAUCUGGCGGAGAACGUUUUUCUCCAUCGGUUUCCCGAAUAUUCUCCGCCGGUUCCCCAGGCCAUUUCUCUGAGUACCUCAAACCAUAGGACCUCAAAUUUUUCAAAAAAUUCCUGGUAGAUCAAAAAUAUUAUUCUCUAAAUCUCUCACUGUUGUGUUGCAUUUCGUCGCUUGUGAAAAUUCGCAAUCCAAUUUUCCAAUGAAAUUUUCAUUGCAAUUUUACCGCACACCUUUUUCAGACCUACUCCUACGUGGAAAAAAUGGAAGGUCGUCGCAUCGAUCCAGCCGGUUUCCGCGCCUAUGUCAAACGUUUCACAAAAUGCUGUGGUCGCUCGCGUGCCUCAAUAAUUCGCCAGAAAUUGGCGAAACUCCGAAAAAUUCUGGCCGAAAGCGAGGGUUAUCGAUUUUUUUCCGCAUCGAUUCUGAUCGCUUUCGACGCGGAAGCGGCCGAUUCGAUGAAUGAUGAUGCGGUCAAAGUGAAUAUUAUCGAUUUUGCUCAUUCGACUUUUAGCGGAUUUUUUGAGGUUGGUUAUUUUUUUGACAAAAAUUCAACAAAUCCAGCUUUUGACAUAUUUUGGCUGAAGCCUGAAAAUCGCGAAUUUUCUAUUCAAAUUUCAUCAAAAAUCCAGCUUCCCCUGAAAACCUUAAAUUUUUUCACAGGAUAUGCAAUAUUCUGGAGCUGAUGAAGGAUGUAUGCUUGGAAUUGAUAGUAUCUUGGAGGCGAUGGAACCAACGAUUACUGUGGGUUCUUUUUCUGAAUUUUUUGACGCAAAAAACUGUAAAUUUUAUAAUUUUUGGAUUACUGUAGCUAUUCAUUUUAAAAAUUUGAGUUACUGAAAUUUUUCAAAUCUUCAGUAACUCAGCUAUCGAUUCUCCUGGAUUACUGUAAUUUAUUAAUUUACUACAAAAAUGGAAAUAUUUUUGAAACUCGAAAGUUCAUGAAAAUCUAGAUAAAAAUCGAAAAAUCCUACAGAAUUCUUAGCUACAGUAACCUCAAAUCCCUAAUUUUUCGCAGAAAUCCGAUAUGCCCUCAAAUAACUCCUAUCAACCAAAAGAUCGUCGAAAAGAAGCCAUGUAA